GCGGCUUGUUUUGGGGCGAAAAAAGAGGGUUUUGGGGGUUAAAAGGGAGGGGGGCAUCUAUGGGCUUUGCCGACAGCACCUCCCGAGCCGGACACCGCAGCCAUGGAGCCGUACGUGCUGCUGGACCCGCGACAGAGAGCGCUCUAUCGCGACGUGAUGCAGGAGAGCUACGACACGCUGAUGGCGCUGGAACUCCCUUUCCCCAAGCCGGAUCUGCUGCCCCGCCUGGACCACGGGGGUGAACCGAGACCCCUGGAUCUCCACGUGCCCAGGGAGACCCCGGCUGCAGAGGAUGGAGCAGGAGGGGAGCAGGACCCCCCUCAAGGCAAGGAAGAGCCCCCAGAGGUGAAACCCGAGGAGCAUCCGUGCGGUGGCAGCAGCAGGGGCGCUGGGGCCCCAACCUCCCAGCCCAGCCCCACGUGCGGGGAGUGCGGCAAGAGCUUCAGCCACAGAUCAGCCCUGGUGAAGCACCGCAAGAUCCACAGCGGCGACCGCCCGCACGCCUGCCCCGACUGCGGCAAGGGCUUCAUCCAGCGCUCGGACCUCACCAUCCACCGGCGGGUGCACACGGGCGAGCGCCCCUACGCCUGCGCCCACUGCGGCCGCCGCUUCAGCGUCAGCUCCUCCCUGCUCACCCACCAGCGCACCCACGCGCCCGGCGCCCACCCGCCCAACCGGUGCCCGCAGUGCGGCCGCGGCUUCGCCGCCGCCGCCGCCCUCGACCGGCACCAGAGGAGCCACUCGGGGGGGAAGCCCUUUGAGUGCGGGGUGUGCGGGAAAGCCUUCGCCUGGAGCUCGCACCUCGAGCGGCACCGGCGCAUCCACACCGGCGAGAAGCCCUUCCGGUGCGGGCAGUGCGGGAGAGCCUUCGCCUGGAGCUCGCACCUCGACCGCCACAUGCGCACCCACGCCGCUGCCCCCCGUGAUGGUGAUGAUGGUGAUGAUGGUGAUGGUGAUGAUGAAGCAGAGCCCGCGCCGCCCGCACUGACGUGCGCUGAUUGCGGCAAGCGCCUCAACCACCAGCCGGCCCCGCGGCGCUUCAAGCACAAGGCCACGCAGACGCUGCCCAGCAGCAGCCCCCAUCGCUGCGAGCACUGCGGCAAAUGCUUCUCGCUGAGCUCCAACCUCCUCAAGCACCGGCGCAUCCACAGCGCCGAGAGGCCGGACCCGUGCCCCGUUUGCGAGCGCACCCACAGCAAAGCCACCGAGGGAGCCGGCACCAAACCGCACCGGUGCGGGGCGUGCGGGAAGCGCUUCGGCUGGGCCUCGCACUUGGAGCGCCACCGCCGCAUCCACACCGGUGAGAAGCCGUUCCGCUGCGGCGACUGCGGCCGAGGCUUCGCCGUGAGCUCGCACCUGGAGCGGCACCGGCGCGUGCACACGGGCGAGCGGCCCUACCGCUGCGGUGACUGCGGCAAGAGCUUCGCCGUCAGCUCCACCUUGCUGGCGCACCGCCGCACGCACGGCACCCAGCCCGCCCGGCCCCACGCCUGCCCCGACUGCGGUGAAGCCUUCGGCACCGCGCCCGCCCUCGAGCGGCACCGGCGGCUGCACCGCGGCGAGAAGCCCUACCAGUGCGGCGUGUGCGGCAAGGGCUUCGCAUGGAGCUCGCACUUCGACCGGCACCGGCUCAGCCAUACCGGGGAGAAGCCGUUCUCCUGCGCCCACUGCGGGAAGCGCUUCGGGCGCAGCUCCCACCGCAACCGGCACCAGCGAGCCCACGCUGCCAAGCCCCACGCCUGCCCCGCGUCCCUGCUGCCUGCGGUGUGGGGGGGAGCCGAGAGGCAAGGGGGGACCCCGACCCCUCCGGAGCCAUGGAGCCAGCAGCACCCGGAGCCUUCCUCCUCCCCAUCCUCCUCCUCGGCCAAGGCCGUCCUGCCCCACACCACGGCGUGGAGAGGCGGGGAGGGGGCCGCGGUGCCAAGCGAUGCCUCCUGA